UCAGUGGCCUUCAGUGUCUGAUGUCAUCUCAUAUGUAGUCGUAUCAGUCAUAUGAGUCAUAGUAUACAGAAAAAAAGUGCCUCUAAUAAAGCCAGUAGUGCACAGAAAAAAAACAUGCGAUAAUCGCGAAUUAAUCGCAGUCGAGAAUUGCUGAAAACAUAAGAUUAUCAUUUUUAAACUCAGCUGUGAUUGGUCGAUUUGUUUAUUGUUUAAUUUCAUUGCGUUUUUUUCUGUGUCCCAUAAUUCUUAUAUCAGAGAAUCAAAGUCGAUUCGCAGAAGUAACAGUAGAAACUACCAAGAAGAAGACUCGCAGAAGUUUGAGCGAUAAUUAAUUGUUAACCAUAAUGGAUAACCUUAUACAAAGUCUACUAUCUUUUCUAAAGUAUUGGUAUUUCCGAUAUACGCUCGUUACUGAGUUGUAUAUGGUAACAAGAUGGGAAAGGAAUUUUGUCAACAUUUUUUUUCUAGCGAUGUUCUUUCUCUUCUUUCUCUUCAACUACAAAGUACUGCUGCCAGUCACGGAAUAUAUUUUAGGAAAUUGAUUACGAUUGUUAUUCUUGCAACUUAAAAAAAUUAUAUUGUUUCAACGUGCCAAUGAAUACCAUUUGUACAACAAAAUUGUAUUCAUAUAAAAUAUACUAAAAAUAUAAAUCUUGAAGAAUAAUUAAUUGUGGUAUUAAAUUUAACAUGGAUAGAGGUAGCAACAAGACGCUAGUAUAUUAAGAACCAAUGGAAGCUAAGAAUUAUAUUGAGAUCUUUACUUUAUCUUGAACAAUCCAUCAAAAUUACAUUGAAAUAUUUUUUAUUUCAUUGUGUUAAUAUAAAAGCAUUUCAAAUAUAAACCUGUCAAAAUCAUAUCUUCAAAAAGUUAAGAAAUUUCUCACAUAAAAUCAGCACAUAGCUUUUUUACGAUAGUCCAAAGUAUCUUAUUUGAGAAAACAUUAUGUAUAAACUGAUAAUAAAAUAUUUUUUUUAAGCUUUAA